UGCGGGCCCUGGUGCUGGCCUGGGAAGUUGCACAAGUCUUCCUCACAGUCCCCAGGCUGCCUGCCUGCCUGGCCAGUGCACAGCCUGCCUCACCCAGCUGGCCCUGCCUCCCCUAGGGCUGGCAUCCCACUCCCUUCCCUGGGGCCUGGCCUGUGUCCUCAUCUCAAGAGCUGAAGGAGCCGCCUCUGCUCUCCCUCCCAUCCCUGGGCACAGUUCCUUCCUCAUUUGCUGCUGGUUCUAACCCCAAACAAAACAGGUUGAGCCCUUUCCCUCCCUGCGGCAGUUGUGUCUGGCUUGUGGCUGAGUUCUAAGCACUGCAGACGGCGCCGGCUGGGACAGGAGGGGGCCUGGACAGUGCUCCUGGCGCCUGGCCACGGUCGGCCCUGCCUGGGCAGGAGUGCAAGCUUUGAGCAGCAGACGAAAGGAUGAUGCCUCAGCUGCAGUUCCGAGAUGCUUUCUGGUGCAGGGACUUCACAGCCCACACAGGCUAUGAGGCGCUGCUGCAGCGGCUGCUGGAUGGCAGGAAGAUGUGCAAGGAUGUGGAAGACUUGCUGCGGCAGAGGGCCCAGGCAGAGGAGCGGUACGGGAAGGAGCUGGUGCAGAUUGCGAGGAAGGCAGGCGGGCAGACGGAGAUCAACACCCUGAGGGCCUCCUUUGACUCCCUGAAGCAGCAGACAGAGAACGUGGGCAGCGCGCACCUCCAGCUGGCCCUGGCCCUGCGAGAAGAGCUGCGGAGCCUGGAGGAGUUCCGAGAGCGGCAGAAGGAGCAGAGGCGCAAGUAUGAGGCCGUAAUGGACCGCAUCCAGAAGAGCAAGCUGUCACUCUACAAGAAGGCCAUGGAGUCCAAGAGAACAUAUGAGCAGAAGUGCCGGGACGCGGAUGAUGCCGAGCAGGCCUGCGAGCGCAUCAGUGCCAGUGGGAGCAGUGCCAGCCAGAAGCAAGUGGAGAAGAGCCAGAACAAGGCCAAGCAGUGCAAGGAUGCAGCCACCGAAGCAGAGAGGGCCUACAGGCAGAGCAUUGAGCAGCUGGAGAAGGUGCGGGCUGAGUGGGAGCAGGAGCACCGGACCACCUGUGAGGCCUUCCAGCUUCAAGAGUUCGACCGGCUGGUCAUCCUGCGCAAUGCCCUGUGGGUGCACUGCAACCAGCUCUCCAUGCAGUGUGUCAAGGACGACGAGCUCUACGAGGAGGUGCGGCUGACGCUGGAAGGCUGCAACGUGGAUGCUGACAUCAACAGCUUCAUCCAUGCCAAGGGCACAGGCUCUGAGCCCCCAGCCCCAGUGCCCUACCAGAACUACUAUGACCGUGAGGUUACCCAGUCGACUGGCAGCCCUGGUGUGCAGCCCUCCUGUGGCAUGAUAAAGAGGUUCUCCGGGCUGCUGCAUGGAAGUCCAAAGACGGUAUCAUUGCAAGCUCCUGCUGAGACCCUGAUACCCACCCCCGAGCAAAAGGAGUGUGUCUACGCAGACAUUGCCGUCCCUGUGCAGGAGGCACCUGCCCAGGACUGCCUGGCCCAGAACUACCGAGCACUGUACGACUACACAGCACAGAGUUCCGAGGAACUGGACAUCUCUGCGGGGGACAUCCUGACAGUCAUCCUGGAGGGGGAGGAUGGCUGGUGGACAGUGGAGCGGAAUGGGCAGCGAGGCUUUGUCCCCGGGUCCUACCUAGAGAAGCUCUGAUCAACCCACCUGCCUGUGGCCAGGACGGUGCUGGCCGCUCCCCAGGAAUAAAGGCGUGCCUUCUUGUC